AUGAAUUUGUAUGACCGAGCCGACGGUUUGACGGGUGGAAACUUGUCCUUCGGACUUUCCGAGUUUCCCACCCCUCAGGCCCCAGUAAGCCGAGCAUCAUACGGUGGAUGUGAAUUCCAACAUUCAGGCGGCUACAACGAUGAGAAAACUUUAGCUUGCCGAAGCUAUUCCAAUCCAGGACAGUCGGAACUGACUGAGCCCGGAGCCUCGCUGCUCAAUCCCGGGUUGGGCAGAUACGCCAGCGUUGCCACACCCGAGCCUGAAUGUGGCAAAAGUUUUGUAGACCGGCCUAUGAACAGUCGAUCCCAG